UCUCAAUGCAUAAUUUGGACAGCAAUAUACAUAAGUGCAGUGACACUAUACUCUUGCUCUACCCAACUGUCGUACUUCACAAAUCUGUUGCAGAGAGGAGAUCUAAAGGGAAAUACAAGAAUCAACUACAUAUCAACUUUGACGUAUGUGGCAUAUUUGUGGAAUGGGAAAUGUAAGAGGGGUAAUGCGACAAAAGCAUUUUACUGGCCAGACAGAAUACCGUCAUCAGAGAGGACAUACGCGUGGAUGCUUUCUUAUAGCCUGGUUACAUCAUGUUGGAUUCCUGCUUCUGUUGGAUUAAUGACUGGUGCUUUCUAUGGUCAGAGUGAAGAUGCUGUGAUAUGUAUGUCUCUGCCAUGGCUUGUAAUCACGUUCAUUUUGACUGUUAUGGAUCUUUCUGCAGCAGUUAUGUACACUUUUGACAUUUUCCAUAUGACGGAUAAGAAAGCAUACCUUCAAUUUAUCGGCGUUGGACUGAAAAAUACCACGAUAAUAGAAGGCCUAGAAGGAAAAACACCUCAGGAAUGGCAAUAUGACACAAUUAUUCCUGGCGUAAUUUUUGUGUCCAUAUACUUGAGGCUAGUCGUACUAUGGCUGAUCAAUGUGUACUUAUUAAUCAAGGUAUUCAAUGAGAUAUGGCGGCUCAGGAGAGAAAAAAAGAAAGAGUCUGUCAAGAGGCCUCAAAAUUUUGAGAUGAGCGUUAUCAACAGAAUUCAAGAACAGAGACCAAGUCCACAAAUGCAAGACGCACCUAACAAGAAUGCACAAUAUGUUCCUUGGAUGGAUUUAGUGAGUUUUAAAACCAAUGUACAGCAACAAUCCUUGACGCAAAGGAGAAAAUCUGAGCUAAUCAUCAACACAAAAAUUGCUGAGAACUAUAAUCAAGCCAAGCUCCAGCGACUGAAUGAAGAGUUCCGCAAAAAAUAUCUACCCGUCGAUUCCCAGUUGGUAAAAAUUACAGAUAAUAAUUUAUCUCCUGACAGAAUGCGUCGCAGACAUAGCGAGGAGUCAUACAUCUGGCGCGAGAAAGUCCGAGAUAAAGCACGGCGAUUCAGUGAGCAGCAGCACCAGAUCAAAGUAAUUGCAGAGUUGCUAGAGCAAAGAGCAAGCGGGCCUCCGAGCAAGGCCACAAAACAGGCGGAAAAUGAGAGGCGGAGAAGUAAAACUAAAGAGCCGGUCAACUGGUAUGAGCCCAUAUGGGAAAUGGAGACAGCCGACAGCCAUUACACAACGAUUGAGAAUGAUCUGUAUUCUCCUGUUUUUGAUUACUUGGGACAACCUACACCCCACCUUCAGCCCUUCAAAUGGACCUUAGAUUCCCCAACAUUUAAGAGAUAUGAGCAGCGAAUAAUUUUCAACUACCCUGUUGCUUCACCUACUUCUUUACAAGAAAAUAACCCCCUGAGGCGAAUAUGGAACGAAAUCCAGGUACUGAAGUACGGACCGAAAACUCAAAAUAAACCACCUCCUUCACCAAAAAUUGACUAUGAACUAUAAAUUCACAAUGAAGGGGUGCAACAGGAAAACUAAGUUUGAACCUUCUAAGCCCUGAACUAAUUGUUGGUAUUAAUGAACGAGUAGGUUGAAACUUUGUCAAAUAAAUAUUCCACUGUCAUAUUCUGUGGCUUCGGUAGAAAGUUGGACCCAGAAAUUUUA